UAAAGUUGUCAAUGUGUAAAAUUGUUUGUGGUUAAAUCAGGAACUACCAGCAGUAGUAGAAUAAACCUCCUCAUUUUAGUGGAGUACUAGUGAUAGUGAAGGCUAAUGCUGCAUUGAUCCGGAAUGCCUUACCGAUGGAUAUUACAAGCAAUUUUUCUUAUAACAUGUUAUUAUAUAUAGAUCGAAAUAAUCUAUUUUAGUAAUUAUAUAAUGUAUAUAAUGUAAUGAGCAUCCCCUUUAAAAUCUCCUCUUUAAUAUUUUUGUAUAAAAUAUAUAUUGUCAUUUUUUAAUUUUUCAAUUUUUGGAAUUUCAAUUACUUCUUCUUGUGAUCCACAGUAUUAUAACUAACUACUAAUUAGUAAAUUUGAGGGUAGAAAACUAUUCGAGUCAUAAUGUUGAAAGUUAUAUCCAGAUCAAAUACACAAAGCAUAAAUUGCAGACUGGCUUUACUUCUGAUUAGUCGUAGUAAUGCUACUGCUGCUACUCCUAUUUCAAGUGAUAAGAAGAAAACCACUACUUCAAUUCAUACUCAUACUAUUAAAACUCCAGUUGGGAUUAAAGCUGCCAUUGCAUCUUUAAAACCUAAAACUACAAGAUUAUCUAUUGAAGGUCCAAUUGAAUGUGAUUUAGAAGCAUUUCAAAUUUUAAAUUCUCCAAUUUUUAAUAAAGGUUCUGCCUUUACAAAGGAAGAAAGAAAAGCAUUUGGUUUAACUGGUCUUUUACCAUCUCAAACAAAUACUUUAGAUGAACAAGUUGAAAGAGCUUAUCGUCAAUUUAGUUAUUUAAAGACUCCUUUAGCUAAGAAUGAUUUCUGUACUUCAAUGAGAAUUCAAAAUAAAGUUCUUUAUUAUGAAUUAGUUAGACGUCAUAUUAGAGAAAUGUUACCUAUUAUUUAUACUCCAACUGAAGGUGAUGCAAUUGCUGCUUAUUCUCAUAGAUUCAGAAAACCAGAAGGUUGUUUCUUAGAUAUCACUGAUCCUGAUUCAAUUGAUGAAAGAUUGGCUGUCUAUGGUGAAGAUAAAGAUAUUGAUUAUAUUGUCGUAUCAGAUGGUGAAGGUAUUCUUGGUAUUGGAGAUCAAGGUGUUGGUGGUAUUAGAAUUGCCAUUGCAAAAUUAGGUUUAAUGACCCUUUGUGGUGGUAUUCAUCCAGGAAGAGUUUUACCUAUUGUACUUGAUGUAGGUACUAAUAAUGAAAAAUUAGUUAAUGAUGAUCUUUAUAUGGGUAAUAAAUUCCCAAGAGUCAGAGGAGAACAAUACUGGGAUUUCAUUGAUAAAUUUAUUAAUGCUUUAAAGAAUAGAUUCCCAAAUGCUGUUUUGCAUUAUGAAGAUUUUGGUGUUUCUACCGGUAGAGAUAUGUUAUAUAAAUAUAGAGAAGUUAUUCCUUCUUUUAAUGAUGAUAUUCAAGGUACUGGUGCCGUUGUUAUGGCAUCCAUCACUGCUGCUUUGAAAUUUACCAAUAGAAAAUUAUUGGAAUCUAGAAUUUUAAUCUAUGGUGCUGGUUCUGCUGGUAUGGGUAUUGCCGAUCAAGUUGUUAACCAUAUGGUUAGUCAUGGUGCUACUCCUGAACAAGCAAGAGCUUCUAUUCAUGCAAUGGAUCGUCGUGGUUUAAUUUUGAAAUCAUAUGAAGAUACUAGUGAAACUCAAAAGAAAUAUGCUGAUGAUGAUGCCGAAUGGGAAGGAGUAGAUACCACAUCAUUGGUUGAAGUUAUUAAAAAGGUUAAACCAACAGUAUUGGUUGGAUGUUCUACUCAAGCAGGUGCAUUUAAUGAACAAGUCAUUAAAGAAAUGUAUAAACACAAUCCUCAACCAAUUAUCUUCCCAUUAUCUAACCCAACUAGAUUGCAUGAAGCUUUCCCAGUUGAUAUUAUGAAAUACACCGAUAACAAUGCAUUAAUUGCAACUGGUUCACCUUUCGAACCGGUUGAUGGAUACUAUAUCUCUGAAAACAAUAAUUGUUUCACUUUCCCAGGUAUUGGUUUAGGUGCUGUAUUAUCUAGAUGUACUACAAUUUCUGAUACCAUGGUAAGUGCAGCAGUUGAUCAAUUAGCUUCAUUAUCUCCAAAGAUGGAAAAUCCUAAGAAUGGUUUAUUACCAAGAUUAGAAGAAAUUGAUGAAGUUAGUGCCUAUGUUGCAACUGCUGUAAUUUUACAAUCAUUGAAAGAAGGUACUGCUAGAAUCGAAAGCGAAGAAAGACCACAAGGUGGAUUCGUUGAAGUUCCAAGAGAUUUUGACAAGUGUCUUAAAUGGGUUCAAUCACAAAUGUGGAAGCCAAUUUACCGUCCAUUAGUUAAGGUUCAACAUGUUCCAGAAAUCCAUACUUUCCAACAUUAGUCAUUUAUUCAACCAUUAAAUUAUUCAUCAAUUCAAUUAUUCAUUAAUUCAGUCACACAUGCUUUGAGCAACCCUACUUUUUAAUAUGUAUUUUAGUCAUUCUUCUAAUAAUCCUAUUUGUCUCUAAUUGUUCAUUCAUUUCUACAAAUUCUCUUUGCAUAUUUUGACAAUUUUUUUUUUCUAUCUUAAAGCAUGCUUCUUUUAGUCUUAGUCUAUUCAAGCCUUUUAUAAUUCGAGUUUAUCGAAUUAAAUUAUAGAGUCUGGAUCCUUAUAUAUUAAAUUAAACUAUUCAAUAUAAAUUAAUAAUCUGGAGUAUUUGAUUUUUUUGUAGGUUUUUUGCAACAAUUUCUCAAAAAAGCUUUUGACAGUUCGAUAAGAGUUCCGCUAAGUUACA